GUUCCGGUCACCGGAGGGCGACGGCGGCCGGGACGGGGACGCGGACGGCAAGAGCUAUGGUGCCUCGUCUGGCGCCCGCGUGGCCGGCGUGGCUCUUCCGGUGGCGAGCGGCCCGCGCUCCUGGGGCCUCCGGGCAGCCGAGCGCCCGGGACGGAGCGUCGGGGGCGCGUCCGGGCGGCGGCCCUCGGCGGUUCGCGGGCGCCAGUACUCCGGUUCGCAGAGGCAGCUCCUCCUCGUCCUCUCGGGGCCCCGAGGUGGUGCUGACCUGCGAGCGCUACCCGGUGCAGCGGCUGCCCUUCUCUGUGGUGUCUGCGGAAGACCUGGCCGCCUUUGAGCGCAUCGUCCCCGGGAGGGUCGUCACGGACCCCGAGGAGCUGGAGGCCUCCAACGUGGACUGGCUCAGAUCCAUGCGAGGCUGCAGCAAGGUGCUGCUGAGGCCCCGGACGUCGGAGGAGGUGUCCCACAUCCUCAGGUACUGUCAUGGCAGGAACCUGGCUGUGAACCCCCAGGGGGGCAACACCGGCCUGGUGGGGGGCAGCGUCCCCAUCUUCGAUGAGAUCAUCCUGUCUACUGCCCUCAUGAACCAGGUCAUCAGCUUCCACGACGUGUCUGGGGCCCUGGUGUGCCAGGCGGGGUGCGUCCUGGAGGAGCUGAGCCGGCAUGUGGAGGAGCGGGGCUUCGUCGUGCCGCUGGACUUGGGAGCCAAGGGCAGCUGCCACAUCGGGGGGAACCUGGCGACCAACGCGGGCGGCCUGCGGCUGCUGCGGUACGGCUCGCUGCGUGGGACCGUGCUGGGCCUGGAAGCGGUGCUCGCUGACGGCACCAUCCUGAACGGCCUCAGCUCCCUGCGGAAGGACAACACGGGCUAUGACCUGAAGCAGCUCUUCAUCGGGUCGGAGGGCACCCUGGGGGUCAUUACGGCCGUGUCCAUCUUGUGUCCGCCCAAGCCCAGGGCCGUGAACGUGGCCUUCCUCGGUUGCCCGGGCUUCGCUGAGGUCCUGCAGACUUUCAGCACCUGCAAGGGGAUGCUGGGGGAGAUCCUGUCGGCGUUUGAGUUCAUGGACGCCGAGUGCAUGCGGCUGGUCCAGCAGCACCUCCUCCUCGCCAGCCCGGUGCAAGAAAGUCCAUUCUACGUCCUGGUCGAGACCUCGGGCUCCAGCGCGGAGCACGACGCCGAGAAGCUGAGCGGCUUCCUGGAACACGUGCUGGGCUCCGGCCUGGUGGCCGAUGGGACCCUGGCCACUGACGAGCGGAAAGUCAAGACGCUGUGGGCCCUACGGGAGAGGAUCACUGAGGCGCUAUCCCGGGACGGCUACGUGUACAAGUAUGACGUCUCCCUGCCCGUGGACAGGCUCUACGACCUUGUGACCGAUCUGCGCGCCCGCCUCGGCCCGCAGGCCAAGCGCGUGGUGGGCUACGGCCACCUGGGGGACGGCAACCUGCACCUCAACGUGUCGGCGGAGGCCUUCAGCGCGUCGCUGCUGGGCGACCUGGAGCCCUACGUGUACGAGUGGACGGCGGGCCAGCGAGGGAGCAUCAGCGCCGAGCACGGGAUCGGCUUCAAGAAGCGGAGCGCCCUCGGCUACAGCAAGCCGCCCGCGGCCCUGCGGCUGAUGCGGCAGCUCAAGACCCUCCUGGACCCCAAGGGCAUCUUGAACCCCUACAAGACGCUGCCCGCACAGGCCUGACUGGGCAUCGGGGGUCAGCGGGAGUGGCCUUGGUCCGGUCUCGGUUUUGUCCGUUGGGAUCGGCCCGCAGGGCUGGCCUGAGCUCGGGCCUCUGUCCCGCGGAGCCACCUGGUUGGAGGGGCCUCUCUCUCGUGGCUGCUCCCCUGAGUCCCGCCUUGGGUCGCAGCCGGGAGGGCGCGGUGGCUCUGUCCCCCGCCCGGCCCCAGGCCCGGGCUGUGGCCCUCGGGGCCUGGCUCCCCAGGGGCUUGACCCCGACGUGGGAUGGGCACCUGCGGGGCCCUGGGGGGACCGCGAGCCGGCAGAGCGCGGGCGUUUGUUCCUCGCACUUGGCGGUUUGCUGCGGUAGAUCCACGCAGGCCAGCCAGGCGCCCCCGGCGAGGGCCCCGCAGGCCCACGUCCGUGCUCCCUGCACACGGCCCCUGUGUUCCUGCCUCACUGGCCCCACUCGGGCCCCUGUUGACGUGUGGCCCCCGGGCAGCUGCCGGGACCGUCUGGGAGGUGGGACACGUUUUCUCUUCCUGGCUGCUGUGAACUUCCUGUAAAAACAGAGUUAAUCUGUCGCUAGAAAAAUCUCGUAAAAGCCCACGGUGUGCCGGUGUGUGAUGUUCCCUAAGCACCCGAAUGCUGGGGGCCGCCAGAGUGGCCUGACGGCCUCUGCGUGGCCGUCCCCCGAGACGCUGUCCUGUCCCCACCGUGAGCCUGGGAGCCCUGUCUCGUGCGGCGUUUCCAAGGUGUCACAGGUGGGCCAGCUCAUGUUGGUAGUGACUUUCAAUAGCUUUUAUGACUAAGCAAGUUUAUUUUGGA